AUGAGGCUGCUUCUAUUCGCCCACCUGAUGUGGCACUCUAUGGCUCAAAGCGGUAUUCUCGCCAUUUUGACAUCGUUAAAUAGAUACGGGCCUUUUGGGCCAUGGCAAGCCCCGGGAGUUCUGGUUGGCACACGCAUGACAGAUAACCUGCGGUCUGAACCGUGGACUGUCGCCUUUUACCCUCUUACUGGGAUAUUGACCGGACGUUACCAUCGGACAGGCAGCCGCUUCUACUCAGCAACCAGCAGUGGCUCAUACACACCUACCGACUCGGACACCGCAACGCUGAAUGACACCGGGCCCUACACCGAUGAAUUGUCUCCGGUUGACGACAGCCGUGGGGUGGGGUGGCACGUCGAGACGGCUCCGGUCAACAUAUCGAUGCGAGUUGUGGACAAGAUCGUUUAUUACGGGAAAUAUCAAGGAACGCCGGAAACUCCUCACGAGAUAAAUGCCAUCGGCUUUGGGUACGGCUUGUACCCAGAAUCAGAUCCAAUCAAAGUCGAUCAUGGUUUUGAGCUUCUGCAUGAGCUGAAAGCAAGUCAAGCAAUUGGGUCGAAAUCCUUUGGAUUCCACUUAGGUAUUGCCGGGGGUCUGGACAGCGGAGCCGGAAGUCUCACUCUUGGUGGCUACGACCGUAGCCGGGUCAUUGGUCAGCCCGCAGUCUUCGACGCUUUGCCGCUCACUGACCUAGCCGUUUUCCUUGUGGACGUCGUGGUCGGAGUUCAGGUUGGCGACAGCCCAUUCGAGCUCAUUGCUCACCCAACAAGCUUCUUCUCAAGCAGUGCGCUCGAAUCUUCCUUGAGCGAAGAGAGAGGUGGCAAAUCAGGCUCUUUACUUGUACAAGUCGACCCUCAAAAGCCACAUAUGGGCCUCCCCACAGCUACAUGCAAUUCACUAGCUCGACACCUCCCAGUCACCUGGGACUCUCGCCUCGAGCUCAACCUCGAUGCAAAAUAA